AUGGAAGCAGUGUAUCGCAACUGGAAACUUGUGCUUCAUGCAGUUAGCUGGGAAGAAUGGUGGACCUAUGAUGGUAUCUCAGGUCCAGCCUUUUGGGGUUUAAUUAAUCCCGAAUGGUCUUUGUGUAACAAAGGACGCAGACAAUCACCAGUUAAUUUAGAACCUCAACGUUUAUUAUUUGAUCCUAAUUUAAGAACUUUACAUAUAGAUAAACAUAGAAUAAGUGGUUUAAUUACCAAUACAGGUCAUAGUAUUAUAUUCACAGCGGGCAAUGAUACAGUUGCCAAUUAUGAUGGCAUGCAGACGCCCGUUAAUAUCACAGGUGGUCCUUUGUCGUAUCGUUAUAGAUUUCAUGAGAUACACAUACACUAUGGUCUACAUGAUCAAUUUGGCUCGGAACAUAGUGUGGAUGGUUAUACAUUUCCAGCUGAGAUACAAAUAUUUGGUUAUAAUUCUCAAUUAUACAACAAUUUUUCGGAUGCAUUAAAUAGAGCUCAGGGCAUUGUUGGUGUCUCGAUACUAUUGCAGCUGGGUGAUUUAUCGAAUCCAGAAUUACGUAUGUUAACCGACUCUUUGGAUCGCAUACGUUAUGGUGGCGAUGAAGCAUUUGUUAAACGUUUAUCCAUACGUGGCUUAUUACCGGACACUGAUCACUAUAUGACGUAUGAUGGUUCAACCACGGCACCCGCCUGUCAUGAAACUGUUACUUGGGUGGUUUUAAAUAAACCAAUUUAUAUUACAAAGCAACAGUUACACGCUUUACGUCGCCUGAUGCAAGGUAGUCCAGAUCAUCCAAAAGCUCCCUUAGGUAAUAAUUAUAGACCACCUCAACCUUUAUUGCACCGGCCCAUACGCACCAAUAUUGAUUUUAAAAACUCCAAAGCAAAUGGUAAAGCCGCCUGUCCCACCAUGUACAAAGAAGUUUAUUAUAAAGCAACUAGUUGGAAACAACAUUAA